AUGGUGCGAGGUUGUACGACACUGCUGCUCAUCGGCGCCUCAUGCUGGCUGCUGGCGGCACUGCACUGUGAGGAGGUGGUGGAGGAGAGAUCAGCCGACUUUGCCAUGAAGGCCCAAGAGGAGACAGAACUGAUCGAGGCUUUGCAGGAGGUGCUAGAGAAGUUAAAAGGGAAUCUGCUGCCGUCCUCAGAGAAGAAACUUGGCUGGGUCCCACUGUGCGACGCAGGAGAACUGUGUGCCGUACGGAAAGGUGCUCGCAUCGGUAAACUCUGUGGGUGCCCCGUCGGAACUCACUGUAACUUUAACGUCCUCAAGUGUCUGUAG